AGGAAGAAAAAGGGGGGAGUGUCUCAGUGAGCGCGAGUCACAACCCUGGUGUAUGAGCCUGAACGCACGCCUGUGUGUGCGCGUGUGAGUGUAUGAGUCUGAAAUAGAGGGAGCGGGAUAGAGGAGACACUCCGGCUGAUGCUGAAACGGCCGCCGCUACUUCACUGCCGCUGUUCACAUCUGAACCUUCUUCUGUCAGGCUCAGCUGGAGCUUUCUGUUCCUCUAAGCUGGGGUUGCUUGUGACUGCCUGAAUGUGUGAAUGGGAUGCCUGAAAAGAGAUGCUCGCUAAGGAGUGACUGAUGAGAACCAGCGCUCCGGUGUGGAGGGUGACCCCCCUGUGUCCGUACCACCACUACUUGGGGAGAAUUGGACGCCUGGCGUUUCCACGACAACUAUAAUGGGCUGCAAUCUGUGCACUUUACAGAAGCGAGAGGAACACUACAAGCUCCUGUAUGAGAUCGCACAGGUGAAUGGAAAAGAGUUGUCCAAGUCCAGCCAUGAAGAGACUGUGGAAGCCUUUCGCCCUGCCAAGGACCCCGUCGUGGUGCAGGUCAUCCGGCGGACCCCCAGCGGGCGCCCCCAUGGCCCCCCUCAGGAAAUCCAUGUGGUGGAUGUGUGCACUCAGACUGACAUCACCUUUGAACACAUCAUGGCGCUGGCAAAACUCCGGCCUUCAACCCCUCCUGUGCCUGACGUCUGUCCCUUCCUGCUCUCUGACAGCUGUCAUUCCCUUCAUACAAUGGACCAGGAUUACUACGAAGGGACUGACUACCUCUCCCCUGUACCCGCUGAUGGAGACAGGACAGAGGAGUUUGAGUAUGAGGAAGUAGAACUGUGUCGACUCAACAGCCAAGAGAAGUUGGGCCUAACUCUGUGCUACAGGACAGAUGAAGAAGAAGAUGUGGCCAUCUAUGUUAGCGAGAUAAGUCCAAACAGCAUCGCUGCCAGAGAUGGACGAAUCCGGGAGGGGGAUCGCAUUUUACAGAUUAAUGGCCAGGAUGUACAGGACAGGGAGGAAGCCAUGGCUGCACUCUCCAGUGACGAGUGCAGGAACAUCAUACUGCUGGUUGCCAGACCUGAGAUGCAGCUGGAAGAAGCCUGGCUGGAUGAUGAACAUAGCGAGUUCCUGGAGCAACUGAAGAUGGAAAUGUUGGAGGAGCAGCAAAGAGAGGAAAUGGAAUUAGCUGCCUUACAAGAGGAACAGGAGAAUGAACAGAGAACAGAGGAUGAUAAGCCCACUUGUUCCACACUCCCUCAUCAUAAGGACAAUGUACUGAGCAUAAAGGACAGGAUGGGGAACUCGCAGCAUAAUGUCAUGGCACAUAUCCAGAAACGUCUGUCCCAGUGCCUGAAAGACAGUCGGGACACGCACUCUACCACCAGCUCCAUGCGGCUAGACGACAAAGCAGAUGAGGAUGACGAUGAAGCAGAAGGUGAUCGCUUCCAGCAGCUCUUGGAACUGAAGUGUCAAAUACGCAACAGCGGCGAGUACGACCUGUUCUACAGCCGCCGGAGCACUAUUGAGUGCAGCAUGGGGGAGCAGGCGGGGGUACAGCACGAGCUGCGUAUGCUCAAUGAGGAACUGCGCAGCAUCGAGCUUGAAUGUCAGAACAUCAUGCAGGCCCAUAAACUUCGUAAGGGUCAGCAGUCUCCCUCAGUGGGCCAUUCUACACCCUCCACCAAAAUCCAAAGCUUUCACCGCGGUGAGCCCUCAAAGGGCAAGCUGGCCGACAUUAACGAGAGGCUAGAGAAAUCGGACAAGGACAGCUCCAGUGCCUACAACACAGCAGAGAGUUCACGCAGCACCCCUCUGGCAAUGGACCGCUCCCCGGAGCACUCACUCCAGAGAAUGGUUAGUCUUACAAACCAGAGGAACCUCUGCAGCGGCCUCGCUGCUGGUCAUUCUCUUAGCCUGAGCCCCAUCCCAGCGUGCCGCGCUCCACUCCUGGGUAAGAGCAGCAGCCCUGACCACAGCAAUCCUUCUGAGUCAGACCAAACACCUCAGGCUGAGGAAGAGAGCAGAGGGAAACUAAACCAAAGCGCUUCCCGAAAUCCAUACUUCUCACCUUCUCACAGUUCCCAGCAGAGGCAGACCAACAUCCCAGCUCACGCCCGCCACUACCAGAGCUACAUGCAGCUGAUACAACAGCGCUCAGCUGUAGAGUACGCUCAGAGCCAGCUCAGUCUACUUAGUGUCUGUAAAGAGCCUCAGAGGCCCAUUACAGAGCCCAAGAUGGAGUGGAAGGUCAAGAUCCGUAGUGACGGUACCCGCUACAUCACCAAGAGGCCUGUGAGAGACAAGAUCCUGAAGGAGCGAGCCCUUAAGAUUAAAGAGGAACGCAGCGGGGGAAUGACGACAGAUGACGACGCAAUGAGUGAAAUGAAGAUGGGGAGGUACUGGAGCAAAGAGGAAAGAAAGCAGCACCUCGUCAGAGCGAAAGAACAGCGGAAGAGGCGAGAGUUCAUGCAGCGCAGUCGGCUGGAGAGCUUGAGGGAGAACCCUCAGAGCAGCAGUGAGGGUCGAAAGGAAGUUAGCAUCAUAGAGCUCAGCCACAAGAAGAUGAUGAAGAAACGCAACAAGAAGAUCUUGGAUAACUGGAUGACAAUCCAGGAGCUGAUGACUCAUGGUACCAAGGCCCCAGAGGGAGCUAAGGUACACAAUGCCUUCCUUUCAGUCACUACUGUAUAAAAAAACAAAACAAACACACACAUUCUACCCCAUGUGGUACGACAUACUUGCCUCGUUAAAUGUGGCAUUUUUACAUGGACAAUAGGAAUAUUUUUCACACUUUGUAACCCAAAAAAAGCAUUUUGUAAAGAAUUUAUCAGCAGCAUCAUGACAUUUUGAUGUUUUUCCAAGAUUGUUUUUUUCACAUCACUCUGUGGGGAAAAAGCAUUUUUUCUAUGAUACAAUGACAAUACAAUUAUUUUGUUAUUUUACGCAAAACAUGUUUAUCUUUUCAAUUCUAUUUUCAUAUUUAUGUUGUAACCACUUAACUCAAGACAGUUCUAAGAGACUUUUUUUUCUUUCAUGUAAUAUGCACACUUACCAAUGGAGCAUCAGCUGGUCACUUGCUUUUUACUUUUUUAAAUAAAUACAAACUAACGUAUACGUAUGCAGUCUUUGUCUCCUAUUCAAAGCAAAGGAGACGUGGACAUAGUUACUCCUCAUUGUCCUGAAUUUUAAAGACAAUUCCCAUGGAAACGAGGAGGUGGGAGGGGGUAAGGAUUUGGCGCUGCACGUUGAAUUGAAUUGUUAUCAGCAAUUUGCAAAAACAUCUUUAAAAAAGUUGGAUACCUCAUUUUACAGCAAAGCACGUGUUGUUUCUAUAACCUCAACAACAAAGCUACAAAUUGGGAACAAAGCAAAGCUGCUGCACUAACAGUUUAGUGGAGAAAUACAGUUUUGGACACAGAAUCACAUGUCUUAAAACUUUUAAAUACUUUUGAUUCAUUAGUAAAGAGGACAUUUAAAAAUAUGUCCUGAUAUGCUUUGUUUGUCUGGUUUGGCAGCUUUGGGUAAAAUUUUUGUAUUCAGUUUUAUUUUGUGGGUUUAUUUUCUACAUAUAUGACAACAGAUGAACCUUCCCAUAGCUUUUACAUAUCAGUACUUUUUACUCUCCCACAUACACCUUAACUCAGCAUAGCCUUAACAACCAGACAUGAAUCAACGGCGAUCAAGUUGCCAGUUCUGUGGCGACAUGAUUUCAACCGCAAAACUGUCUGUGUAUCUUUGCAACAGAGAUAUUUUGUUCAGACUUAUUCAUACAUUGUAUGAUUUGAGUUUUUGACAACUGGAAACAUUCAUAUAUAUUGUAUAAUAGUUCUGAUUCAUAUUUGCAGUUACAUCAAAGUGGUGUUAGGACGAUUGCCACUGAGCAGGACUCAGAACACAGCAUUUUAGAACUGGUGAGAUAAACGGGUUGCCAUUUAUCAAAAGUCUUAUAGUCCAGUUACGUGUAUAGUAAACUCCAUCCAAAUGAAUACUUUUUAAGUGAAGUAUUGUAAAUUUGAAAUUUUUGAAAACUAAGUCCUGUAACGUUUUAAGUCGAUGUCUGAUGGUCUGAAGUAAAGCGUAGGUGGAACAUUUGUAGCCAGGUAAAAUGUGUUAUAAUGGUGAUCUUUGCAAAAGAAAUGAUAAUAAAU